AAUGUGUAAAUCAUCAAGGCCAAUCAUCGCAUUGGUUCUAUUGAAAUUUUGGCUGGCCCCACGAGUGCUCCGGUUUAGCGUUGCUUCGCUUUACAGAGUGACGCGUACAUCCUAAAAUCUUACCGCUCAGUCGUUAUUCAAUACGUUAUUUUGUGUUAACCAUUAAUAAUGUUUGGUUUUUAUGACAUUUUUUAUAAACAACAUCAAACAUGACAGAACAACUAGACUUAACGUUUAACUAUGCCAACACCUAAAUCGCACAAAAACUGGUAGGGCUUUCUAAAUAAUAUAAUAAUAAUAGUUGUUCUCUCACGUUGUUGUUUAAACGUCCUCAAAUGUUCUACAUCACUACAUAAGUUUUUAACACUAAUAGAUAAGUGAAAUAACUCAAACCGACAACCUUUAGUUAUAAUGUAUGUUAACUCCUUACAAGUAAAUUUAGGUUUUCCAUGGGUAUCAUUAUUUUUACAAGUGCUAGUGUAUAAGUUCCCAUUCAAGAACAGAUAUUAUAUGUAUGCAUACACCAGCUGUUCUAGAUUAAGUCUGUCAGUGUACUGAUUACGUUCAACGCUAUUCAGGAAAAUAAGUAUGUUAGACUCUACUUGAUGUUUAGAUGGACAUCCUCGGAAAAGAUUAUCAACAAUAGUUGAGCGGUUAUCGUUAAACUCCAGUCUUCAGUCUUCACCCUUAUUACUGAAGACUGGAGUUUAACGAUGACCAUUAAUCAAUUGUUCCUCAAGUUUUAAAAUAGGAAACCUAACCCAUUAUUUUACCAUGGUUGAAUCCUCUUGGCCCCCCAAGUUGUGAUUAUCGGUUGUUAGUUUUAUAUUCAUCUGAAGCGCAGUUAUCCCUCCUUUAUUUCUGAGCUACCUUGCCCAACCUCCUAUCAUCACCUUUCAAACUAUUGCAUAACUAAUACCUAAAGCUCUUAGCACCUGUGUUACUAAUUCAACGUUUCUUUCUCACUUGACUUUACUUGGUAUGUUUGGUCUUUAGGAUGAUAAGUAACCAUUCACUAGUGAGUUUUGGUGAUAUACCUUCUCUGACGGUAUAAGUAAAGAUACGUGACUAUUCUCUAAAACUAAAUGCGCAUGAUUAUUUUCGGAAAAUAAUACUAAAAUUGAGUAUUGGUGGAACAGUUCUUAAUUUUAAUCGAAGGAAGCUCCCCAUUGAAACCAAACGCGUCUUUCAGUAACAUUCUCAGUAUUCUUCCACAAUGGGCGUUAUAAUAAUUAGACUUGGGACUUAUCGUUAUAAACUUAUUCGUGAUGAGCAUCAGUCGUAGGACCAGGCACAUAUAUGCGUCGGUCCAAGUUGCCAUCUCUCGUUAUCGCAACAAUAUGAACACCAAUCAUAACUUUGUGAACAAGGCAUCUAAUCGACGAAAUCUGUUCACGAACAUAAUAAGCUGAUUUUAUAUUUCCCAACUUACGCUUGACACUUUAAUUCCUCAUGCAGUAUUCAAGUCAAAUAGGAUAAGCGUCUGCUUUUAUUUAUAGACCGGCGACAGUAUUUUUUCGAUAUUUUACCACUUAAUAAUGUUAUUUCAACCAAUUAUUGGUUAUUUCUGUUCACAGCAGUGUCAUGUCCAAGGGUUUCAUCGACAAACUUCGUAUUUUUGUCAGAGCUGGUAGUGGGGCUGCAGGUAGUCCACCAAUUAAAGGCCGGGGAGGAAAUGGUGGGAGUGUAUUUCUAGAAGCCGAUGAAAAUCAAACACUCCAAAAUCUGUUUAUGGCUAACCCGACGAAACGUUUCAUGGCUGGACAUGGAACAGAGGCAAGUAAACGUCGUGGUUUAGUUGCUGGUCUAGAUGGUGAAGACUUGACUAUUCGUGUUCCUGCUGGAAUAACUGUAUUAUUUGGAGGUCAAGGGACAUCAUCAUCUAAUGGAUCAGAACAACGAAUACUUGGAAAUUUGGAUCAAGUCGGUCAAAAAUUACUUGUAGCACAAGGUGGUAUAGGUGGAUUUCACCAAAAUGGGUAUAUUGGCUCACCGGGUCAAGCUCACAGUAUCGUCUUAGACUUAAAGCUUAUGUCUGAUUACAGUUUGAUUGGAUUUCCUAACGCUGGUAAAUCCAGUUUAUUAAAAGCUUUAUCUGGUGCACCUGCAAAAAUUGCCAGUUAUCCUUUCACUACAAUCAAACCACAAGUUGCCAAAUGCAUAUACUCAGAUCAUCGUAAGAUAAGUAUAGCAGAUUUACCAGGUCUCGCUGAUAUUUAUGCUCAAUAUGAUGCACAAAUAAAUCAAAAUAACAAUGAUCAAUCUGAUUCAAAAGCAUCUUUACCGAGUUUAAGACAUACGAACUUUUUAAAACAUGUUGAACGUAGUUCAUGCAUACUUCUUGUGUUAGAUUCACUUGGAUUUUGUAAAGAUCAAUUUAGUUCUAGACGUAAUGCAUUAGCUGUUGCUUAUUUAGUUUUAAAUCAAAUGGAACGAUGGUCUAAUGGUUUACUUCUUGAAAAACCAAUGGCUUGUAUUUUGAAUAAAAUUGAUACUACCGGUGCAAUGGAUGAAGCUUUAGAAACAAAAUAUUGGCUUGAACGUAUGGAUUCAUCUGAAGCAAAACAACAUUCACAGCUUCCUCCAAAGUUGUUACCUAGUCUAACACCCAAAUUUGAAUCGAUUGAACUGGUCUCUGCUUUGCGCCACACAAAUAUUCCAGAAUUGAAAGAGUCAUUGCGCAACUGGCUUGAUCAAAUUGAAUUAAGAAAGCGUAAAGACAACACAACUGUACAAAUAAAAUCACAACAAACGAAAGAAAAAAGAUUCCUAAGUGACAUCCAACCAACCUACUACUAAGGUCUUUUUUGUUCAUUUCUUUGGUUUCUUCUGUUUCAUAUCUGUACUACGUUCGUUACUUGUGUGUGCACGUGAUUAACUGUAUAUAGAAAUGAAUUUUUGUAUUU